AUGGUAGAGCAGAUUUCUAACUCCCGCAGCGUCUUCGUCAUUCCAUUUGACUACCGCGGCUUUUACUACACCCAUCUGGAAAUCACCACCCACGAUUCGUGUAAGGUCCAGAACAUCCAUCAUGAUUUGGGCUCCAUUCUAGGCAGCGCACACAGCGGCCAUGACAUUCAGCGCAUUUGUGAUGCUAUUGUCGCCAUGCGCUUUAGUCAGAGUUAUAUCAUCGGCGGCGAUGGUACGCAUGGCGUCUUCGGCAAGAUCCAUGAAGAAUUCAAGUGA